AUGAUGGAAACAAUAACUUAUGUAGAAAAAGCAAAAACCACAGGUAUUCAAGAGCUGAUUGUAAGGAUCAAGCGAAUGAAUUACCUUUUAGAUGUUUUUAUCUUUACUCCUGAAGAUCUGAUGCUGAAUGCAACAGUCCUUCUGUGGCCUCAGAAGAUUAAUCCCAUUUUUGAUGAAAACGAUGAUCUUAUUGAACAAUCUAAACGUAAAGGUGAAAGUGAACUACUGGCCAAACGUGAGAGGCUUAUGUUGGAAGUAGAAAAACAGACACGCAUUAUGGAAGAAUUUGAAGAAUAUGCUGAAUUGGAUCGCAUGCAACAGUAUGUGACUGACAUGAGGGCAUUACAGAAACGCAUACAAGAAGCUGAUGAAGCAGUUGCUUUUAUUAAUAAGGAAGAGAGACUUUUCAAGUGGGAGCUGACUGAGUAUCCAGUCCUUGAGAACUUAAAAGUUAACAUUGAGCCAUAUCAGAAACUGUUUGGUCUUAUACUGAAAUGGCAACGAACAGAAAAACGAUGGAUGGAUGGUGCUUUCUUAGAUCUAAAUGGAGAAAUCAUGGAGUCUGAGAUAGAUGAGGUUUUUCGAGAGCUAUACAAAAUGUCCAAGGUCUUUCAACAAAAACAGAAGAAAGCAGAGCAAGAAAAGAGGAAGACAACGCAGCGCAGAACCUUAGUAGAAGAGAAGAUAGAAGAAGAAAAAAAGGCAAAUCCAACUAUUACAAUGUGUUCUGCUGUACUGGAGCAGAUCAAAGACUUUAAGGAAUAUAUCCCUACAGUGACUAUCCUUUGUAACCCUGGCAUAAGGACUCGCCACUGGCAGCAAAUGUCAGGUAUAAUAGGAUAUGAUUUAACUCCAGACUCUGGAACUACCCUGAGAAAAGUUUUAAAGCAGAACCUUGGCCCUUGCCUGGAACAAUUUGAAACCAUAAGUAUAGGUGCAAGUAAGGAAUUUUCCUUAGAGAAGGCAAUGCAUACUAUGAUGGAAACCUGGGAUUCAGUGUCCUUCAAUACAAGCAUUUAUCGUGAGACUGGAGUUCGUAUUCUGUCUUCAGUAGAUGAAAUUCAGACUAUUCUAGAUGAUCAAAUUGUAAAAACUCAAACAAUGAGAGGAUCACCUUUCAUUAAACCGUUUGAAAAAGAAAUCAAGGAAUGGGAAGAUCGUCUGAUUCGAGUUCAGGAGAUUAUCGAUGAAUGGCUGAAAGUGCAAGCUCAGUGGCUUUACUUGGAACCCAUCUUUUCUUCAGAGGACAUCAUGCAACAGAUGCCAGAGGAGGGACAUCUCUUCCAGACUGUAGACAGAUAUUGGAGAGACAUUAUGAAAUAUUGUACCAAAGACCCUAAAGUUCUUUCUGCCACUUCGUUGACAGGUUUAUUAGAGAAGCUUCAGAACUGUAAUGAGCUUCUGGACAAAAUUAUGAAAGGACUUAAUGCUUAUCUUGAGAAAAAGCGUCUCUUCUUUCCUCGAUUUUUCUUCUUGUCCAAUGAUGAAAUGUUGGAGAUUUUGUCAGAAACUAAAGAUCCUCUUAGAGUUCAGCCUCACUUGAAAAAAUGUUUUGAGGGCAUUGCUAAACUGCAUUUCCUUCCUAAUCUGGAUAUUAAGGCAAUGUUCAGCUCUGAAGGGGAACGAGUUGAACUGAUUUCAACCAUUUCUACUUCUGAAGCUCGAGGUGCGGUGGAAAAGUGGCUGGUCCAAGUUGAAGAUAUUAUGCUAAGGAGUAUACAUGAUGUUAUAACUAAUGCAAGAGAGGCAUAUCCAGAGACUGAGAGAAAAAAAUGGGUUCUGGAGUGGCCCGGACAGGUGGUUCUGUGCGUAUCUCAAAUGUUCUGGACAAGCGAGGUACAUGAAGCCAUUUGCAGUGGGCCAGAGGGUUUACUUGAUUAUUAUGACACACUUCAACUUCAGCUUAAUGAUAUUGUGGAGUUGGUAAGAGGAAAAUUAUCUAAGCAAACACGAACUACACUAGGUGCUUUGGUGACUAUUGAUGUGCAUGCUAGAGAUGUCGUCAUGGAAAUGAUUAAAAGUGGUGUGGAAAAUGAAACAGACUUUCAGUGGCUCGCUCAACUGCGAUAUUAUUGGGAAUAUGAGAAUGUUCGUGUCCGCAUCAUUAAUUGCAAUGUAAAAUAUGCCUAUGAAUACCUUGGAAACUCACCUCGACUUGUCAUUACUCCACUUACGGAUAGGUGUUACCGCACAUUGAUUGGAGCUUUUUAUCUAAACCUUGGUGGUGCCCCAGAGGGCCCAGCAGGAACAGGCAAAACUGAGACCACCAAAGACUUGGCUAAGGCUCUUGCUGUGCAAUGUGUUGUCUUCAACUGUUCUGAUGGCCUUGAUUAUCUGGCAAUGGGGAAGUUUUUUAAGGGUUUGGCUUCUUCAGGUGCUUGGGCUUGUUUUGAUGAGUUCAAUCGCAUUGAGCUAGAAGUACUGUCUGUGGUGGCUCAGCAGAUUCUUUGCAUUCAAAGAGCCAUACAGAUGAAGGUGGAAACAUUUAAUUUUGAAGGGACUGAACUGAAGCUCAAUCCCAACUGUUUUGUAGCUAUUACCAUGAAUCCAGGUUAUGCAGGACGGUCUGAGCUGCCAGACAACCUCAAGGUUCUUUUCCGAACAGUAGCCAUGAUGGUUCCUAACUAUGCCCUGAUAGCAGAAAUCUCUCUCUACUCAUAUGGAUUUCUGAAUGCUAAGCCAUUAUCAGUAAAGAUAGUCAUGACCUACAGGCUUUGUUCAGAACAGCUUUCCUCUCAGUUUCAUUAUGACUAUGGCAUGCGAGCAGUUAAAGCUGUAUUAGUGGCUGCUGGUAAUCUAAAGCUGAAAUUCCCAAAGGAGAAUGAAGAUAUCCUGCUUCUUCGAUCAAUCAAAGAUGUGAAUGAGCCAAAAUUUUUGUCACACGAUAUACCUCUGUUCAUGGGAAUAACUAGUGAUUUAUUCCCUGGUGUUAAGCUGCCUGAAGCAGAUUACAAUGAUUUUCUGGAAUGUGCCAAUGAAUGCUGUAUAAAGCAUAAUGUUCAGCCUGUUAAAGUUUUUAUGGAGAAAGUUAUACAGACUUAUGAAAUGAUGAUUGUCAGACAUGGUUUUAUGCUUGUAGGAGAGUCUUUCUCUGGGAAGACCAAAGUUCUGCAUGUGUUGGCAGAUACACUCUCUCUCAUGAAUGAACGUGGAUAUGGCGAAGAAGAAAAAGUAAUUUUUAGAACUGUGAAUCCAAAAUCUAUCACCAUGGGUCAACUUUUUGGACAGUUUGAUCUUGUGUCUCAUGAGUGGACAGAUGGAAUUGUUGCUAACACUUUCCGGGAAUUUGCUUUAGCUGAGACACUCGAACGCAAAUGGGUUAUUUUUGAUGGCCCUAUUGAUACUCUAUGGAUAGAGAGUAUGAACACAGUGCUGGAUGACAAUAAAAAGCUUUGUUUGAUGAGUGGGGAAAUCAUCCAAAUGUCUCCUCAGAUGAGUCUCAUCUUUGAAACAAUGGACCUGUCUCAGGCUUCACCAGCUACAGUCAGUCGUUGUGGUAUGAUUUAUUUGGAGCCUUCACAGCUAGGCUGGAUGCCACUGGUAACUUCUUGGUUGAGCAAACUACCAGAACCCCUGAAUGAAAAGGAAUAUCAAGUUCUUUUGCUUGGGCUUUUUAACUGGUUAGUUCCAGCAGCCUUAAGAGUUCAUCAAAAACAGUGCAAGGAGCUGGUUCCCACAAGCAACAGCAACACUGUUGUGUCUUUAACUCGACUUUUUGAAAUGUUGCUAUGUAAAACUCUCCAAGAGGAUCCUACAAACAAAAACAUCCGCUCAUGGAUUAUGGCUUGCUUUGCUUUCUCUUUGAUUUGGUCCAUUGGUGGAAGCUGUGACAGUGAUAGUCGAGUUAUUUUUGAUGCUUUCCUGAGGGAAAUUGUAGCAGGGAAGUCUGAAUCCAGUCCAGUACCACCAGUUGUGGGUAAAUGGGACUGUCCCUUUGAUGAUAAAGGCUUGGUCUAUGACUACAUGUAUGAGUUGAAAGGUAGAGGACGCUGGGUACAUUGGAAUGAAUCCAUUAAAAGCAUUAAAUAUAGUGAUAACAAAAGUGUUAAGAUUCAAGAUAUCAUCGUUCCAACAAUAGAUACAGUCAGAUAUACCUAUUUAAUGGACUUAUGCAUCACCUAUGGAAAACCAUUGCUUUUAGUGGGACCAACAGGUACUGGGAAAUCUGUCUAUGUAAAGGACAAGCUAAUGAAUAAUUUGGAAAAGGAGUGCUACUUUCCAUUCUUCAUUAAUUUUUCAGCACGGACCAGUGCCAAUCAAACCCAGAAUAUUAUAAUGGCCAGGCUAGACAAAAGACGUAAAGGAGUAUUUGGCCCUCCUAUGGGAAAGAAGUGUGUCAUCUUUGUGGAUGAUAUGAAUAUGCCUGCUUUGGAGAAAUAUGGAGCUCAGCCUCCUAUUGAACUUUUAAGACAGUUUUUUGAUCAUGGAAUUUGUGAUGAAACUAUGGUCCGUAUCUUCUCUACCAUAGUAGCCUUCUACCUCCGAAAUAAUGAAUUCGCCCCUGAAUUCUUCACAAUUGGAAACCAGAUUGUCAGUGGUACUUUAGAGGUAUAUAAGAAAGCCAUGAAAAACCUGCUGCCCACACCAGCCAAAUCCCAUUAUACAUUCAAUCUGCGUGACUUUUCACGUGUUAUCCAAGGCUGCUUGCUCAUUAAGAAAGAAUCAGUUGAAAAAAAGCAAACAAUGAUUCGUCUCUUUGUUCAUGAAGUAUUUCGAGUAUUUUAUGACCGCCUCGUUGAUGAUGCUGAUAGAGCCUGGUUGUUCAGAUUGGUGAAAGAUAUAGUGAAAGAGCAUUUCAAAGAAGGAUUUGACCAAGUUUUUGCACAUCUUAAGCAAGGGAGUGCAGCUGUGACUGAGGAAGAUACUAGGAGUUUAGUAUUUGGUGACUAUAUGACCCCUGACCUUGAAGGAGAUGAAAGACUUUAUAUUGAAAUUCCAAGUGUUCAACAGUUCAGUGAUGUUGUGGAGCAGUGUUUAGAUGAAUAUAACCAAACCCACAAGACAAGAAUGAACCUUGUAAUUUUCAGGUACGUGUUGGAACAUUUGUCUCGGAUAAGCCGUAUUUUGAAGCAGUCAGGUGGAAAUGCCUUACUUGUUGGAAUGGGAGGAAGUGGACGUCAGUCCUUGACUCGUCUGGCUACAUUCAUGGCAAAAAUGUGUGUUUUUCAGCCAGAGAUCUCUAAGAGUUAUGGUAUGAAUGAGUGGAGGGAUGAUCUGAAGAACCUGUUGAAGAAUGCAGGUGUGAAGGGCUUGAAAACUGUUUUUAUAAUCACAGACACGCAGAUUAAAGAAGAAGCUUUUUUGGAAGAUAUUGACAGUGUGCUCAAUACUGGGGAAGUACCCAACCUUUUUGCACCAGAUGAAAAACAAGAGAUUAUGGAGGGUGUUCGUGUAGUAGCUCAAGCUGGCAGUAAACAUGAAGAACUCAGUCCUUUGGCCUUGUUUGCUUUCUUUGUGAACCGCUGCAGAGAAAAUCUCCAUGUAGUAGUUGCGUUCAGCCCAAUUGGAGAUGCUUUCCGCAAUCGUCUAAGACAGUUCCCAUCCCUCAUCAACUGUUGUACUAUUGACUGGUUCCAGCCCUGGCCUGAAGAAGCCCUUGAACGUGUGGCUAAUAAGUUCUUAGAAACACUUCAGCUCACAGACAAUGAACGUCAAGAAGUUGUACCCAUCUGUAAACACUUCCAUACUUCUGUUUUGUCACUCUCUUCGAAAUUCUUGCAAGACUUAGGACGACAUAAUUAUGUCACUCCUACAUCUUACCUUGAACUUAUUGCUGCCUUCCAACAACUUCUGACUCAGAAACGUGACACUGUGAUGAAAGCAAAAAAAGGAUAUAUAAAUGGACUAGAUAAACUAGCUUUUGCUGAAUCGCAGGUUGGAGAAAUGAAGCAAGAAUUGGUUGAUUUGAAGCCUAAACUGGAGCAAGCUAAACUGGAUAAUGCAAAUAUGAUGAAGAUUAUAGAGAAGGAGUCUGCAGAAGUGGAAGCAAAAAGGAAAACUGUGAAAAUAGACGAAGAGAUUGCAACAGAGAAAGCAGCAGAAGCCCAGGAAUUGAAAAAUGAAUGUGAGAGUGACCUGGCAGAAGCAAUUCCAGCCCUUGAAGCAGCACUUGCUGCACUUGACACUCUGAAGCCUUCUGACAUAACAAUUGUGAAAUCAAUGAAAAAUCCUCCAUCUGGUGUCAAACUAGUGAUGGCUGCUGUCUGUGUCAUGAAAGAUAUAAAACCUGAAAAAAUUGCAGAUCCUACAGGGACCGGAGGCAAGGUCUUUGAUUACUGGGGGCCUAGCAAGAAACUUCUGGGUGACAUGAAUUUCUUGAAGGAUCUGAAAGAAUAUGACAAAGAUAAUAUUCCAGUAAGUGUUUAUUCA